GGCGGCGUAUCAAAGACAAAGUCGGCAAGAUGCAAUAAAUAACAUAAUAGUGCGAGACGUAUUGGAGAGAGAUUGAAUUGUAUCGUUAGAUUAUUUCGUGAAGUUUAACGCGACCAAAAGGGAGUAUUUUGACGGUGUAUUGUCGAGGCAUUAUGCCUCAAAUGAGAAAUACAACGACGGAAGAAUAUGGCGCUGAUGACGAAGUAAAGAAGUUCGCGAAUGAAUAUGAAGACGAGAAUGCUGUGAACGAAACGAAUGUCGACUUAGUCAAUGACAUAAAAACAGACCUUAUUAAAAAAGACGCUGAACGCCAUGAAUCUGAGGGCAAACGAGAUGGUCGACCAAUUUUUCAGACGUUUGCAUCCAAUCUGUCUGGGGGGCCACAAUCAAGUGAGAUAUUUCGACCAAUUAUGACUGGGCCACACUCACCGUAUGCUACACAUGAAAAUCCCUACUACAGUGGAAGAAUAUGGCACCCAACCAGGGCGCAUCUUAUGUACCCUGGGCCACAGUAUCACCCGCCACAUUAUCCCAAUGGCAUACCAGUGAGCAGUGUGGAUGCAUCCUUGCAUCGUCCACCUGGAAUCAUUACAGAUGAGCAAAGACAUGCCCAUAUGGUUGCCCCUCCAAUGAAAACAUCAGUGAUAUGUCAGACCCCAAUGGCAGGUCAUAGCCAAGGGACCAUUGGUCAUGAGAAUGGGAACACCCUUAAGAAGGUACAUGUGAAGAAGCCACUGAAUGCAUUUAUGUUGUAUAUGAAGGAGAUGCGUAGUAAGGUGAUUUCAGAAUGUACCCUUAAGGAGAGUGCGGCCAUUAACCAGAUUCUCGGCAAAAGGUGGCAUCAGUUAGAUCGUACAGAACAAGCAAAAUAUUACGAUCAGGCGAGGCGUGAACGUGCCUUGCACAUGCAGUUGUAUCCCGGGUGGAGUGCUCGCGAGAAUUACGCUCAACAAGGUCGAAAGAAGAAGAGAAAACGCGACAAAUCACAAGGUGACAGUUCAGAAGUGAAUAACCCGAAGAAGUGUCGCGCGAGGUAUGGCUUAGAUCGACAACAGGAAUGGUGCAAACCUUGCAGGAGAAAAAAGAAAUGCAUUCGCUUCGUGGCAGGUAAUUCGGGUCCUCAAGAUGGGUCUGAAAUUGAGGAAGGAGGGAACGCGACACAAGGGAGUGGUGUCGAGACGAUCACGUCAGCAAAUGUUGAGUUACGUGGUCAAGCAAGUUUGGAACUGGUAAAACCCGAGCCGCUUGUGACGUGACUACGAAGGACCAUGCUCCUGAAUAUUUCUUAGGGACAGGAAGGUACUCGCACAAGUAGACACCCGACUCAUGCUUAUGGACAGCAAGAGAUUCGUCAGUGAACUUUAUUUGGAAGUGUUUAUUCAGAAUAAACACUAGCCAUGGAAUACAAGUUUAUUGACCAAAUAUGGAAUUCUAUUAUUGGUCAUUUUUGGUGACUUAAUGUUCCAAUGCGAAAAACAAUUUUGUCGACAGUAUAUGUUGAACAAACAUACCAACAAACUUGGUGAUGAUAUAAUUGUACAAUAUUGUGAAUAAAGAACUAUUUUCGAUAAAAAAA